GUCCUUGUUGACAGAAUGAGUUGGUUUCCAACGGGACUCCUUUAAAAGGAGACACCCAAUACUUGCAUAUUGCUUAGGCGGAUCCUAGAUUCGGCUGGAGAUCGAGGCGACAAGUUCCAUCCUCUUAAUGCAAGGUACAGACCCAGCAAUCUUGUGGCUUCCAGGUUCGCGGAUGUGAGGCGAGUGGUGAUACACAUACCUUGCCCACCUACCUGUCACUUGGUCAAAUCCGGGCAACGCCUUAGCUCUGUGUAUCUGUGUUGCAACUCUGGAUAAGUCAACAUGACAACUAACGUAGCUCUCGAGACCUCCAUGGGCACCAUCACUGUUGAGCUGUAUAGCUUACACGCUCCACGCACUUGCUCUAACUUUACUUCCCUCGCCCGUCGAGGCUAUUAUGACGGCGUUGUCUUCCACCGCGUCAUCCCCAACUUCAUGGUUCAGACAGGCGACCCCACGGGUACGGGGCGCGGCGGGUCCAGCAUCUAUGGCGAUACCUUCGAGGACGAGUUCGCUCCGGACCUUCGCCACACCGGCGCCGGCAUUCUCAGUAUGGCCAACGCUGGACCCAACACCAAUGGUUCCCAGUUCUUUCUAACCCUGGCACCCACCCCUUGGCUUGACGGUAAGCACACCAUCUUCGGUCGCGUCAAGACCGGCCUUGCCGUUCUUAAGCGUCUCGGCCUUGUUAAGACUGGCUCCGAUGAUCGACCUGUCGAGGAGGUCAAGAUCAUACAUGCCAAGGUGAUCGACGAUGGCGAUGAGGCCGCCUAGGGUCGUCGCAAACGGGGAGCGUGACGCGGUUGUGUAGGGAAGGGUUAGGUAGGAAAUCUAACAUCGCAUGAGGAUGGGACAUGCAUUGGUGGGCGUUCUCGAACUCAAAACCCAAACUCGCGAUUUCUCAAGGAGAUACGCAGAAAUAACAAACAGGACAGAAUUCAUUUCGUAAC